AUGGCAGCCGAACUCAUUCAGUUAAACCCCGGACAGCAGAUCGAGCGUUGGACGAUUGAGAAGAAGCUUGGUGAGGGUGGUUUCGGUGCCGUCUAUCGUGUAUUCGAUGCCACCGGUAAAUACGCGAUGAAGGUCGAAGGAGCCAACGAGCAGAUUCAAGUGCUCAAAUUGGAAGUAUCGGUGCUCACGGAGCUGUUGAAGCGCGGUAAUCGUCAUUUCUGUAAAAUCGAGGACAAAGGACGCUAUGGAAACUUCAACUACGUGGUGAUGACGCUCGUCGGCAAAUCGUUGCAGGACCUGAACAAGGCGGGACCCGGACAGCACAUGACAAUGGGAUGCUCGAUCGCGAUUGGAAUUCAGGCGUUGGAAGCGCUCGAAGAUUUGCACAACAUUGGAUAUUUGCAUCGUGACGUCAAGCCGGGUAACUACACAAUCGGCCGCCCCGAAUUGAACGAGAUUCGAAAGGUGUACAUCCUGGAUUUCGGAAUGUGCCGAAAAUUCACUGGAAACGACGGAACUAUUCGAAAGCCCCGUCAAGCCGCCGGAUUCCGUGGAACCGUCCGCUACGCUCCGAUCAGUUGCCAUUUGCAACGCGAGCUGUGCCGCAAGGACGACCUGGAGACCUGGAUGUACAUGCAGGUCGAGUUGUCGUAUGGCCAACUGCCAUGGCAUCACGUGAAUGACAUGAACGCUGUCGGACAGCAGAAGCAGGCGAUCCGCGCCAAUCUCGCCGCUCUAUUUCCGCCGCCUUGUCCACACGAGUUCCAGGAGAUUAUGAGAAUGGUUGACGCUCUGAAGUACUACGACGCUCCGAAUUACGCUCUUAUCUACGCGACAAUGCGUCGCGCAUUCGGCUCGACGGGAACCAGCGAGGCGGCGCCAUACGAUUGGGAGAACGGCGGACCAUCGGCGCACGUUUUGCAAUAA